CUACCCCGCCCCUGCCCCUCCCCACCUUACCUAGGUACAGCUCAGGAAAUGCGUAGCUCAACAUAGCACCGAUCCUCUACCAUCACGCCACACCCAAUUCGACAGUGAGAACCACAGUGAGCACCACAAUGGCCGCCUGCAUAUUCUGCAAAAUCAUCAAAGGAGAGAUCCCAUCCUUGAAGAUCUUUGAGUCGGAGAAGACAUUGGCUUUUCUCGACAUCGGGCCCCUGAGCAAGGGACACUCUCUCAUCAUCCCCAAGCAUCACGGCGCCAAGCUACACGACAUCCCCGACGAUCAGCUCUCCGAGGUGCUGUCUGUGACGAAGAAGAUCGCCAUUGCACAGGGCGUCGAGGACUAUAACAUACUGCAGAACAACGGGCGCAUUGCGCACCAAGAGGUUGACCAUGUCCAUUUCCACUUAAUCCCUAAGCCCAAUAAUCAGGAGGGAUUGGGUAUUGAGUGGCCAACGCAGAAGGCUGACCAGGGGGAAUUGAAGAAGCUGUUGGAGGAGAUCAAAAGCAAGAUGUGAAGAGGUGCGCAUGACGAUGAAACACUGUGUGAACUUGAGCUUGAUCUGGUGGGAUGUUGUC